AUGGCCGACACCGAGGCGGAGUGGGUAACCAUUGCCAAUAACCUUCUUUCGAAAUGUCACAUACACCUGAGGAUACAUGCACUUGAAGAUUGUGAUGCUAAUGUUUUUAUUGCUCUUUAUCAGUCAAUUUUAGGAGAAAGGGUACCAGAUCUAAUAGUUAUUCCAAGGAGUCAGGAGGAUGAUGCACACAAUGUCCAAGCAGUAAUCGAUUCACUGGCCUUAGAUUACCUGCAGGUCAGCUUGUCUCACAUAACAGGAGAAAAUAUAAUGAAAGGAGAUAAAGAGUCUAUUAAGAAUCUUCUAGAGAUAUUUGAUGGGUUGCUGGAGUAUCUUACAGAACACAUCAGUGAAACAUCUCACGAGAAAAGUGAAACAGAACAGCAUUUUAAAGAAUCUCAUCAAGGAGUCAUUUUGGAAGAACCAGAAAGUACUAAAGAAUCAUGGAAAAGAGUUCCCUUUGGAAGGUGCUCACUGUCAUCUGAGGCAUUGGGCCCCUCUUGGGAUGAAGAUGAAGCAGAGUCCACUGGUGAAAUAAUUAGACUUGGGGAUACAGCACACACUUUUUCUCUAAGAAGUAAUGGUGCCCAAGAUUCUAACGAAAUGCUAUCUAAAAAAGCCCCAUCUUCACCAAGUUCUAAAAACCAUGAAGUGUUGAACCCACCGUCUAGUUUUUUGUCCAACAGCAGGACAGCCUUUAUGGAAGACAUGGAAAUUCCUUCUGUGAGUAUGACUUCAAGUGCCAGGAAGCUAGGGGAGCCAAUUCGAUCAGCCAUUCCUUUACAGCCCCCCUACCACCCUUCAGAGUCUCGAGCACCCUGCCCCAUUGGAAAGGAAUAUUUACAUGCAACUCACUGCUCCUCUGCCAUGAAUUCUCCUGGAGAGCGCACGGCCCUGUCUGUGGAACCAGAUACUGUUUUCUUAACUUCUAAGUUGCCUAAAAAUAGCAAACUGGGGAUGUGCUUACCUCAGGUCCAAAGCCCCAGGACAAGGAGGCUUCCCAAAGGAAAAAGAUAUGAGAACAGAUCUGCAAUUUCAUCAUGGGAUUCACCUUCUCCCCAGAGGCUAAGAAGGAAAUUAACAGAACAAGAACUGCACGCAGUAUCAGAGAAACUCUCCCAGCGCCUCUCUGAACUAGACUCGAUGUUAAAAAGUGCCCUAGGUGAUCGAAUUAAAGAAAAGACUGCAGAUGAAGAGGAGGAUGCUGGGAAUGAAGAGGUGGAGAGAGGAAAUGUUGAGACACUGUCUCAGCAUAGUGACAGCAUCAUGGAGUGUUGGCCAAAGAAGCGAAGGCCAGGACUUGCCACACACAGAAAGCCACCCUGCAGAUCCCGUUCGCUCUCUCCCUCUCCAGUGAACAAACACAGGCAGCAUCACAUGGAGAGAACAAAGCAGCGAAAACCAAAAGAAACAGAUACCCACCGAUUCCAAGCUAAGGCCUUAACUGAAGCAUUUGAAAGUGAACUAAGAAGAAACAAAGUUCAAGAGAAUGUUGGACCUCUAAGGAUAAAUGAGGAGGAGGAGGACACAGAAAAAAUACACAGAGAAGCUGUUCAUAAGGGAACGCCAAAACCUUGUCAGCCUUGGAAGAUUUACUCCAGAAAAGCCACAACUCCAAGUUCAAGAGGUGGCUUCCCAAAGCCAAAUAAAGCAGUUCCAAUGAAAGUGUACGAACACAGUCUCCUGCCUCUGAUGCUGGAGCACUUUCCAUUUCUUUCUGUUUCUGGCCAAACACUAAGCAAAAUGUGGAGACAGCAAAUUGCACAGAUUGAACAGCUCAUAAAAGAUGCAUCUGGAGAAAAUAGGUCCAAGAAGAAACUCCAGGAUGAAAUAGAAGAAGCCUUACGAAGGCAUGACCUCCUUACUGCACUUGUCAAGAAAGAAUAUGAACAUAACAAGAGACUGCAAGACUUCAGGGAUCGCAUUAACAGGCAGAGGUUCACUCAAUCAAAGAUAAAAGAAAAUCGGCAGCAAAUUGUUCGUGCCCGCAGAUACUAUGAUGAUUAUAGAGUUCAGUUGCGUGCAAAAAUGAUGAGAAUGAGGACCCGGGAAGAAAUGAUAUUUAAGAAACUAUUUGAAGAAGGUUUACAAAUUCAGAAGCAAAGAUUACGGGACCUCAGAAACUAUGCUAAAGAAAAGCGAGAUGAGCAAAAGAGACAGCACCGAAAUGAACUGGACUCGAUGGAGAACUACUACAAAGACCAGUUUUCUUUGCUGGCAGAUGCCAUAGCACAAGAACGUCAAGAACUCAAAACCAGAGAGAAAUCCCAGGCCCAGACACUGCACAAGGUGAAGAGAGAACUGAGGUCUAAGAUGGAAAAGGAAAUCCAGCAGCUGCAGAACAUGAUCACCCAGAACGACGACGACGCUUUCUUCCGGGAACUGGAAGCCGAGCGCUUCAAGUCCCGGCUUCACCUGGCUUCCUUUCAGUACAGUAGAAACCCCUUCCCCUGA